AUGACUCCCCCAAAGCGGGUUGUUGAGAGCGGCCCUUCUGCCCUCAAUGAGGUAGCGACCCGAGAACACACCAUCACCAUUCACAAGCACAUUCAUGGAGUGAGCUUCAAGAAGCAUGCUUCUCAGGCACUCAGAGAAAUCCAGAAAUAUUCCAUGAAGGAAAUUGGGCCUCCAGAUGUGCAUAUUGAUAUCAAGCUCAAUAAAGUUGCCUCGACCAGAGGAAUUACACAUGUUACCUAUUCAAGUAUUCAAGUACGUUUGUUCAGAAACCGUAAUGAGGAUGAGGACUCUCCCAACAAGCUCUACACGUUGGUAACAUACUUGUCUGUUACCACAUUCGAAACUCCACAGAGAGUCAAUGUGGGUGAGAACUAA